AUGGAUUUUUGUAAAUAAUCAGAACAAAAAUCAAUAGAAUGGAAUUCGAAAUGUUUUAGAUAUGAAUUAGUUCCAUAAAUGAAAUACAGAUAACAAGAAUGUUGCUAUUGUAUAGCAAUUGAUAAAAAUAAUUCAAUAGUAGUUGCUGGUUCAAAUAAUAAUAUAAAAGUAUUGUAAUUAAAAGAUGGAUUAAAAUAAAUAUAAUUGAUAAAUAAGCAUUAGAAUGCAAUAACAACACUUAUUGUAUUUAAAAAUAGAUCUUAUUUUAUUUCUGGAUCUAAUGAUUGUUCAAUUAUAAUAUGGUCAUUUAAUAUGAUAUCAAAUGCAAAAUAUAUAAGUAAAUUGAUUGGCCAUAAAGAUUGGAUAAAAUGUCUAAUAGUAAAUCCAAAAAUAGAAACUACGAUCAUAAGUGGAUCAUAUGAUAAAACAAUUAAAAUUUGGUCAUUAUCAACUAAUUUUUAAUAAUAAGAUUAAUAAUCCUGGGUAUGUACAUAAACAAUAACAUCACAUUUGAAUUAGGUGGAAGCCAUAUCAAUUAAUUAGAAUGGUAAUAAAUUACUUUCUUGUGGAGCAGACUCUAUGAUUUUUGUUUUUUAAGAAGUUGAUAGAUUAUGGAAAUUAAAGCAGAAAAUAUAAUUAAAAGAAUUUGGAUAUCGAAUCUCAUUUAUAACAGAUGAUUAAUUUGCAUUUUAACCAAGAAAUAAUUANUAUCAGACAUAUGAUAAUAGAAAACUAUUACUCUUUAAAUAUUAAAUUAAUUAUCAAUUAUUGAAAUUUUCAUUUAUAAUUAAGCAAUUCUUUUUAUAAAAUUGUAUUAUAUUACUUUCUUUAGAUUUAGUUAUACAUCUAUAUCAACUUAGCAUAAUUUGUGAAUAGAUUAUAUCAAAAUUGAAUUUUUUGAUUAGUAUAGUAAAAAUUGAAUUGAAUUGAAUUGACAAGAUUAUUUAACAUAAAAUUUACUUCAAAGUUUUA